UUCUCCCCGACCUUCCAAGCCAGAAAGGACUGACCUUGUUUCAUUCAUCUACCUCCAAAAGAGGAUUAACAACUACAACCCAACACGAAAGAAGUACCCUCAGUAAAGAGAAAGAAGCAUUCACUGCUUUAGAUAUUUACCUCAUGAACAAAUUAUGACAUCGACAUCUAAAGGAAUUUUCCGGCCAUUUUUUAUUAUCUUCAUUGUCCUUGGUUGUUUCAUGGCAUUUUUACUUGUUUAUAUCAAACCAACAAACAGCUGGAUCUCUGGUCCUAUAGAAUCAGCCAGCUCAGUUUUGAAAAUGAAGAGCUUCUUUUCUUCUAAAACUGAUAAUUUUAAUGAAACAACUAUUUUGAUCUGGGUUUGGCCAUUUGGUCAGACAUUUGAUCUAACAUCCUGCCAAACGAUGUUCAAUAUCCAUGGGUGCCAUCUGACUAUUGACCGUUCACUAUACAACAGAUCCCACGCCGUUCUCAUUCAUCACAGGGACAUCAGCUGGGAUCUAACUAAUUUACCUCAGCAAGCCAGGCCACCAUUCCAGAAGUGGAUUUGGAUGAAUUUGGAGUCUCCAACUCAUACUCCACAAAAAAGUGGCAUUGAACAUCUCUUUAACCUGACCCUGACUUAUCGGCGCGAUUCAGAUAUUCAGGUGCCUUAUGGCUUCAUGAUGGUUGGUACAAGUUCAUUUACAUUUGAAGUGCCAAGUAAAGAAAACUUGGUGUGUUGGGUUGUAAGUAACUGGAACCCUGAGCAUGCUCGAGUCAAGUAUUACAAUGAGCUUAGCAAAUAUAUUGAAAUCCAUACCUAUGGACAAGCCUUUGGAGACUAUGUCAAUGAUAAAAACUUGAUUCCAACUAUCUCCACCUGUAAAUUCUAUCUUUCAUUUGAAAAUUCAAUCCACAAAGAUUACAUUACUGAGAAACUUUACAAUGCUCUUCUGGCUGGAUCAGUACCAGUUGUACUGGGCCCUUCCAGAGAAAACUAUGAGAAUUACAUUCCAGCAGACUCAUUCAUACAUGUAGAAGAUUUUCUCUCCCCCAGAGAGCUGGCAGAAUAUCUUCUGAUGCUUGACAAAAACAACAAGAUGUACCUUAGCUAUUUCAACUGGAAGAAGGAUUUCUCGGUGCAUCUUCCUAGGUUCUGGGAAUCACACGCAUGUCUUGCUUGUGAUCAUGUGAAAAGACACCAAGAAUAUAAAUCCAUUGGAAACUUAGAAAAAUGGUUCUGGGAUUAAUCUCUUUUUUUUUUUUUUUUUUUUGAAGUAUCUGAAAGAAUCCUUAGUCCAAAUGGAGAGGAAAGCAGAAGAGAAGAAGGAAGGAAAAGAGAACCUUAGGUCAUAGUUUAUCAGCUCUCCUCUCUUGGCUAUCUUAUUUAUAUUUUAUAAGAAAUUUUAAAAGAUCAGCAGCAGCAGUCAUCAAUACUCAGUUUUAAAUUAUAAUGUACGUACUAGUUAUGUGCACUGAAGAAUAUUUUAUUGUUUACUAUAAUUUUUAAAUGAGGGUUUUUCACAUUUUCUGUGGAAUAUGUCCCAGUCUUACACAUAAAGUAGUCAUUUUUAACACUGUUCUUUUCACAUUAGAUUAUCUGUUUAACCUAUUUGGAAAAUGAGGACACAACUCUUAAAGUACUAUAGAGAAUUUUAAGAACAUAAUUUGCUGUUCUAGUCUGAAAUGUCUGUAAUAUUUCAAAAGACAGUAAAGUUUUUUUAUGGUCCAUCUUACAACUUAGGAACACAGUAAAGUUCAAUACCUGCCAUUAUUCCAGUGUGCACCUCUUUUUAAGGGUAAUGAAUUUAGAAAUAUAGUUUUAAAAAGCUAUCACAAUAGUAGACAGUCUUUGUUUCUAAAAAGGAAAAUGAGUUUCCUAAUGAAUAGACCCAUUAAGUUACUUCAGGAAUAUAUCUGUUCUUACUCUCCUAAGAAUAAAGAUGUCAGAUAUAGAGAAAAUGGAUAAUCUUAGUGACCGAAGCCCUGAUUCAUUCAGCUUUUGAGUACCUUUAAAUUCAGCAUGUGCUUAAGUCCCAUUAUGUCUCAUGCAUUGUUUACCCGAGCCAGGGUUGUAACUGGUGUUAAACUGAUAAAUAAGUAAACAAAUUUGAAUAUAGGCAUUUGAUUGCAUCAGCUUCAUAUAUAGUAUUCAGCUAGUAAUAACAAGUUUUUGAAAAUAGACUGAGAAGCUUUACCAAUUUUUCUCAUAUAAUUUUUUGAAUAAUUAUGAGUUAUUCCUCAAGUCUGUAAAGGUUUGUUCAACUUUAAUUGUAGCUGGGCAACUUACUGUCACAGCUGAUUAAUGUGGAAAAAAACACUGAAAGAAAAAUGCUGAAAUUCAGUCUACAUCAAGUAUCAGGCCAACAUACUCAAUCAGUUCAGCUAUUGAAUUUUAUUUUUGGAAAAUAGGCUAUGUGGCAGGUAUAAACAAAUGUACUCGGCAGCAGUAGAUGCUAUCAAAAUUUAAGUAUAUAAAUAUGUUCAUGAGUAUUAUAUUUGCUAUGAUAACAAAUACUAAAAUGUGUUUUUGUCUUGUUUGUUUAAAAUAUGUUUUUAACACAUGUAUCACUUGAUUUUGUUACUCUUUCAGCAAGAUGUAAACACCUGACUGCUAUAUAGUCAUAGGUAUAAGACUGAGUUAAUGCUAUAGAUGUAUGGAUAUAUUUUUGUUCCAAGUGAAAGCCACUCUGUUUUUUUUUUUACAUCAAAAUAUUACAGAUCACAGCUCCUACUGAGUUGUAGUCAUCUCUGAGUCUUGUGAUUAUUUUUCGGAGAUGUUCUAAAUUAUAUUAAUUUUUUUUCUGAAUAUAUUACCUUUUUCUUUAAAGAAAGAAUUAUAAAAGAAACUGAAGUAAAAGAAAUGUAAAAAGAUACAUACUCAUUGCUAAGCGUCUUGCACGAAGUCAGCACAUACUCCUGAUCGUUAAAAGUUGAACAUUUGGUCCAAAUAAUUUAGAGUCUUUAGACUUUUCCCUAAGUAAAGGAAAUAACACACAAAGAUCUCAAAGUAUGAAGAUAUAAGAUAAUAUCGUCUUUUCUAAUUUACUGUGAACAAAUACAUAACCUGCUACUAACCUAAGGCCUGGAAAAUGAAGCCACAUAUAGAAAAGGACAAAAAUGUAAAAGUUUGAUUGGAAAAAAAUUAACUGAUAUAUAAGACCUUGAUCUAACAAAGUAACUGAUCAAGUACUUAAGAUUAAACUUGCAGACAACUGUUUUGAAGUGAGGGAUAAGAGAUGAACAACGAUAAACAUUUAGCAAAAGAAGGUAAUUUUUCUGAUAGCUCUUUUACCCUAGACUGGAACACAAACACUGAAGCCUGUAAGAGUAACAGUAAUAUUUCUGAAGUCGGAAACUGCACUGGAAUGGUUAUAGCAUUAUACCUGUACUUUCCUUAUGGCUUCAAAAGCUGUUUUCUGAUACAGAUAUUUAUUUCUGCUAUAUUUAUUGCACUCUUAAGAAGCUAAUUUAUAAGAUACUGUGAACCUCCUAAAUUCACCAGCAUUUCCAUAUGAAACAAGAAGAAAGAGUUUACCUUGCACAUUAAUGCAAUAUAAUGAAACCCAGUCUUCUAAAAGUAAAGUACAGGCAUGGAAGUAAUACAGUAUUUCUGUCAUUUUGAAGGCAAAUAUCUAAAGCCUACAGAACAGAAACUAAGAGAAUUUCACAAUACUUUUUGGUUUUCAGGAGGGCUAUGAAAUUCUCAGUCACUUAAUAUGUCAUUGCUUUGGCUGGAUAACCUGAUUCCUUUGAUGCUGGAAUUUGGAAGUUCUUUGCACUAAUCUCAGUGGAAGUAUAUUCACCCUUUGGUGAAUGUACACAAUCCCUUAUUUCAUUCCUCAUUUCAGGUAGUUGAAGCUGUGUUGUGCCAAGGUCUUAAGUCAAAUCAGACUGGUCUCUUGUCUUCAAGAGUCAGCUCAUGAAUUCUCCUAUUAGUAAGUAUGUACAGUAAUGAAAUGAGAAGAUAGAUGAUUUAUCACUACAAGUAUCAAUUGGUGUCUAUGCAGGGAAGUGUUUAAAUAUACACUGAAUUUUAAGCCGGUAGGUAAUGUCAUUAAUUCUGUGAGCACUGGAUCAGGUCAGCACGGCUAAUCUCUUGCUGAACCAUUAAGAUAUUUGAAAGUCUUUCGCUACAACUGGGAACAGAGUUGAUCUCCUCACAGAACCUUCACAAAAGGCUUGUAUGUUCCUUUGCAUUCAGGAUGCAUUGCUCAAAUUGUCUGAAAGAUUAAUGAAAUGGGAGAGAAAUCUAAUCCACAUUGGAACGACUAUGAAUUAUGAACAUAGCCUAAGCAAAUGACAUCAGAAGUGUCAGCAAGGUAUUAGGAUGAAGUGCAUGGGGUGGAACAUAAAUGAUCCAGCCAUUUUAUGAAGUUUUCAGAGGGAGCUAGAGGUUUUGUCAAGCCUUAAGCAGCGCGGAAUGUAAAGAACUUUGCUGACAAAAUUUAAGCAUCUUCAGAAAUGUCCAAACUGGAUGGUACCUGACACGAAGCAAUGGAUGUAAAAUAGCUGGACUUCAUGCAUAUGUAAAGGCAGUAUAACUAAACCUAGACACUUAACUCCCAGAAGAUUGAUUCCAGUCUGUAUGUGACAUUAAGCAUUGUAUUCCUUCAGUGAACCCUUCUACACAAACAAUUAGCAUAAAGAGACUUGAAUAGUAAAUCACUUGAAAGGAGAAUGGGCAAAACCAAUAAAUCAUGGAAGGAAAAAUAACUUGGAGUUGGUUAAAAUAGAGAACACGGUAUUGUUUGUGCCUUGGUAACGCUGGCAAAAGAAAACGGUUGUACAUGACAAAAGAAAUGGAAGAUGAGAAAUCACAUUGAUUCCCACUGUUUUCUCAACAGUUUUGUUUCAGACACUCAGCCUAUUUUAUGUGCCAGCCUGCAAUAAUCUGGGCACAAAUUCACUAGUUACAAGUUAGUUCUGCAGUCAUUGCAAUAUGGCUUAACAACAUCUUCUGCAACGCUAUAUUUUUCAAGACAGAGUAAUCAUUAUCAGUUCCUAGCGAUGCCUUCUUCUGGACAGCUUUAGGCUCUCUGUCCUGCACUGAGCUAUCAACAUUCCUGUCUUUAUCGGUGCAGAAAAUAAGAUCCAAAACAGAUAAAGUACUAACUGCAGACAUAUUACCAGCCCACUGAAUGUGAAUGGAUACCAGAUAAACCAACAGCAGAUCCUUCCAAAGCAGACUUUUCCUUUCAUUUCACAGACACUCAGUGACCACAGCAGCUCUUGCUCCAUAUGAGUUCUCCAUUCCUUAAAGACUCCUGUUUGCCAGCUUCUUUGAAUGCCUUUUCCCAUCUGAGAUGGCUGUAAUCACAAUGAACAAGCAGCUUGAGUGAGGCUCACACAGUGUACAAGACACGGCCAGCAACAUAUUUGUCUUUUAAGAAACAGGGCACAUAAAUGAAUGUUGCACUGAGAGAGCAGGAAUCUGGGGAUUUUUAGAGUUCAUGCAGACUGAACAAGAUGUUUGAAAUUGGCAUUACUGAGCACAAAUAACUAGUUACUGUCUCUAGCUAUUUAUCUUUGCUCCUCAAAAUGGGCUCUCAGGAAAAAAAUGGUGCCACGUAAUUCUCCCCACCUCCAAUCAGCCCAGCCUCAGUUAAAUAACCGAAAACUGCUGAUGAUUACUUAUGAAUGACAUUCAUGUUGGCCUUGUAUUAUCUCUCGUAUUAGAUAAAAAAAUAACAUCUGGGGGAGAGAAGUGAACUCUGUCAGUAAGCUGAUCAUAUUUCAUAUUUGAUACAAAGAAUCCUUAUCUCUUUUGUUUUUUUUUUUUUUUUUGAGGUAAAUCAUUCUGUCCCAUUCAUUCGGGAAAGACUUUAAGCACAUGCUUAUAGCCAUGAGACACAAGCACAUGCUUAAAUUUAAGAGCAUCUUAAAUGCUUUAAUGUAUUGGGGCUUCAAACAGUAUAAUUACUGUAGUUGGGAAUGGAGUUCAUGUGACCUCUUUUGCAUCCCACUGCCUAAGGGGAGCACCCUAUGAGUAGACUGGCUGCUCCAAACUAAAAACUAUUCGGACAAAUUCUGGUUUAGUGUCUAUCCAGCAGACCUUGGGCCUACUCUUCUGCUUCAGCAAACAAUAUGUGCCACCAUCACCUCACAGUACGGUACUCCACUUUACAGCCCCGCUAUGUUAGGCGUGGUAUGUGCAAUUGGAUGUGGUAUAAGGAGGAGCCAAGGCCUGCUGAGAUAGUAUUUAAAAGGACUUUGCUAGGAAAAAAACAUAAAACCUGGUCACGUCUAUGUAUGUUCAGCCUGGACAAAGUGUACCCUGGGGAAGAUGAGUCUUGACCUUGCCAGAAUUUCCUCUUGGAGGGAAAUACUUGGUUCAUUCCAGAUGGGACUCUGCGGUUGAACAACCACGUACGCAAAGUGGUAACAGGAGGUCCAGGGUCUCGGAGAGACUGGGCACAUUAGUCUGUCUGUGCAGACUGACUCUGGAAGCGGUUAGGUAUCUUUAGGAAGGCUUCUGACCUAUUUAAAUCUACCAAGUGCUUCCUUGGUCAAAAAUAGUAUGCUAUUGAGAAAAGAAUCAAGGUGAAGUGUUUGUUUAUCUACAGGUGGGGGGCUUUGUAAUUAAUAUUGGUUCACAGUUCUAGCUGUUUUUUUUAAUGUAAGUGAUUUUGAAAUGUUAGCUAGAAUCACAGAAUCACAGAAUCGUUUAGGUUG